CACAAAUUAACUCACCAACUCUCUCCUGAAAUUAAGAAGGGUUUGAGGAGUAAAUAAUCAACAGAUCGAUCCAUAUAUGGCUCUAUCAGGUAAGUUAAUCGGUCAUGUGGAGAUCAGCAAGAAGGGAGAUGUCUUCCAUGAUCUCUUCAGGCACAACCCGCACAAUAUAGUUGCCAUAUCUCCUGAUAAGGUUCAUGACUGUGAACUACAUGCUGGUGAGAGGGGAGUCGUUGGAUCUGUCAUCUGCUGGCAGUACACUCAUGAGGGAAAGAAGAAAUCUUCGAAACAGAUAAUCGAAGCAGUGAACGAGGCGAACCACAUGAUCGUGUUCAAGGUAAUCGGAGGAGAUCUAGUGGAGGAGUUAUACAAGAGCUUUACAAUCAUAUUGCAUGUUGAAGAAAAGGGUGAUGGGAAGGUGGCGACUUGGACCUUUGAGUUUGAGAAGCCAGAUACAAGUGUUCCAUACCCCACUUCUUUGAUGGACUAUCUUUGCAAUCUGAUCAAGGAUUUGGAUGCCCAUGCCACCACUAAUUAAUAUUAAUUAAGUUGGAUUUGGAUUUGGAAGCCAGAUCAGUUGUGUUGUGUUGUGUUUGUGAUUUAUGUGCUUGAAUGAAUAAUCAAAGUAGGUAAUAAUUAUGUAAUGGAGAAAUAAAAUAUGUCUUGCCUCUACUUUAAUUUGUAUGUUAUGUAAGAUUGAUUGUUUUGAUCAAUAUCAUGCAUGAAUCUUAUAUUAAUCUAAAA